CCGGUAGAGGCGCGGAUUCCGUAAUUAGUUGGUUAGGGGUAGAAUGACGGUAGAUGUUGAUAGCUUGCGAUAUGUAGAACUCCAGAGGCUUGCUAAAAUGCAUGGUAUCAAGGCUAACAAAAAGGCCUCUGAACUAAAGAAGGAGCUGAAAAUCCUGCUUUGUAUUCAGGAAUUUGAAAGUACCGGCACAAAGAAUGGUGAAACAGCAUCUGCUGAGUCUGUUGAGAUUGAAGAGUCUUCUUUCAGAUGUACAGACAAGCCUAAGCUUCCUGCUGACGAUCAAGAAAUUAAAGAAAAUGGCGGGAUAACAUCUACACCAAUAAGUGACGAUGAGGCUCCAGGUGUUUUGAAUCGAACAUACGAGCUAACUUCUCCUGUGGUGUGCUGCAAGAAGGAUACUAUUGAGAACCCAAUCAAGCAAUACUCAGAAUCCCAUAAAUUGUCCAUAGCUAAAAAACCAUCGGUUAUCAAGACAGUCCCAGACUUCAGUAAGAUUCAUGCUAAGGCCGCUUCAAAAUUGGAAUCAUUGGUGUCAUAUGCUUCACGGCGUAACUUGACUAGUAAACCUCGACCACCAUUUGCAUCACCGCCUUUUGUUAACAACAAUAAAAAAGUCUCGAAUUCAUCUGGCGAUAAAUCUGAGAUCUCCCAAACAAAUAUACCUCAGCGCAAGUUCAGCCUUCAGAAGAAAAUAUCAAUUCCUUUGAAUGACAAAAUCACAAUAUUGAAGAAUUCAAAUUCGGUUAAACGAAGUAAAUCACUUCUUUCUCCUUUCUCAUCUAAUGAAAUUAGUACAACUGUAAAUAACCAACAACAAGCAAACAAUUUGGCAGCUUGCAAUCCAUUAUCGCGUAAAACUACUAUUAAAAUUCCAGCUGACAGUGCAUUUGCUCGACGUAAAGCGUAUGAUUUGAAAUAUAACCAGUCACGUCGUUUGUCCUGUACACCUCAUCGUGUUUCCAAGCAAUUAUCAAUAACUCCUCCUAAAUCGACUACUGUUGUACGACAAGAUAUUCGUAUACCUAAACCAUUUGUAAAUGUUCGUCGUAAUAAAAUGGAAUUAUCAAAGAUUUGCAAAGAAGAUCGGGCAAUGUCAAGGAGAUUAUUAGUUGACAAGAAUCGUGGCUUAUAA